AUGGCACCUUGCAGAUUAUCUUGUAAACAUCAAGCAGUGGUUGCAAUUAAAUAUCAUUCAGGAUCGUUUAAUUAUAUUGCUACUCCUAAUCUUGAAGGUUGUGACUUACAAAUAUAUGGG